CUGAAAACAACUUGCCAAAAGAAUGAAACUCCUCUUAGUUAUUGCUUCCAUUGCGCUCGUUUUAGUCCCUCUCAUUUCUGCCUAUGCCCAUUAUCCCGAAUAUUCCCGUUACAGUUCGCGCCGUUCAGUCGAUCACGAUUCACCACCAGCAGACAAAAGUUCGGACAACACCACGGGAGACAUCACUUCUGUCUUGAGACAAAAUGGUUUGACAACAGUGCUCGAUUUAAUGAGCAAAGCUAGUUUAUCGAGGACUCUCGCUGGCCCUGAACUCACCAUAUGGGCUCCGACUAAUGAAGCGUUCGCUGCUCUCGAUUCCAAGACCAUUAACGAUGCAGAGUUAUUGAAAGAUAUUCUUAACUAUCACAUCGUAUCGUUCAAGAACGAUCCCAAAGAAAUUUCGUCCAUUCAAACCGAUCUGACUGUUCCCACUCUCCAGGGCGAGGUGGUUCGUAUCAACAUCUAUCGUAAAAAAGGAGUUUCAUUUGCUUUUAAAGAGACAGUGACCGUUAAUGGAGCCCUCGUGUUGAAAACGAUCAGGGCCAGCAACGGUAUCGUUUACAUCAUCGAUACGGUCCUAAAUCCUAAAGAUUUGGAACCGAAAAACACCCAAAUGCAAGUUUUGAGAUCCAAUAAGGAAUUCUCAAUCAUUUACAAGAUGUUUGAAGAUCUCGGCAUUACACAAAUCAGCGAUAAAUAUCGCCCAAAAACUUUUUUCGCUCCAACUAACGCUGCAUUCGAGAAAUUGCCACCAGGUGUGCUCGAUUCUUUGUUUGCUAGUCAAGAAGAAAUUGGCAAAUUGAUAAACACGCACACAGCUUCCGGUACUUACUACAGUCACGGGCUUGUAUCCGGCCCUAUCCCCGUCUUUUCGGGCAGCAACCUUGACCUUGACGUAUCCCCUAGCGGUGUAACUAUUGAAAAUGCAAAAAUCAUUGGUUUCGAUUUGACCGAGACCGAAGGAGUUAUUCACGUUAUCGAUGCAGUAAUUCCAAACAAAGAAGAAGCUUCAUUAUGCCCAGCUGUUAAGCAACAUUAAAUACCCACCACACAUGUUGAGUGUAAAGGUCCAUAUUUAAAAUCAACAAUGGGAUCGCCUUGUAUCAAUGUCAU